GAUCGAUCCGAGAUAAGCUCGGUAAAUAAUAGAAGCCCUUUGCUGGGACUUGCCAAAUAAAUAGGAGCUUCCCAAAACACUUUGGAUUCGAUCUGGGAGAGUGGGAGCUAUGGCGGGCGGAGGAGUCCAAAUGCUCGCUCCCGGAUCCAGAGCCGCCGAGUACAAGGGCCGAAUGACCAGUUACGUGGUCUUCGCGUGUAUCAUCGCUGCGACUGGAGGAUCAAUCUUUGGCUACGACAUCGGGAUCUCGGGAGGAGUGACCUCCAUGAACGAUUUCCUCAUCAAAUUCUUCCCGGUGGUGUAUCGCAAGAAACUGGGGCUCAUCCGCGAGGACGACUACUGCAAGUAUGACAACCAGAAGCUCACGGCCUUCACAUCCUCGCUCUACAUCGCGGGCCUCACGUCCACAUUCGCCGCCUCCUUCACCACCCGGCGCUAUGGCCGCCGCCCCUCGAUCCUCAUCGGCGGCAUUAGCUUCCUCAUCGGGGCGGCGCUCAACGCCGGCGCCGAGAAUCUGGAAAUGCUCAUCCUGGGGCGGAUCAUGCUGGGCGUAGGCAUUGGAUUCGGCAACCAAGCAGUUCCUCUCUACUUGUCCGAGAUGGCGCCGGCGAGGAUGCGAGGAAGCAUGAAUCUACUGUUCCAGCUCGCCACCACCAUCGGGAUCCUGGUAGCCAACGUGAUCAAUUUCUUCACCCAGAAGCUCCAUCCCUGGGGCUGGCGAUUGUCACUGGGAUUGGCAGGGGCGCCGGCAUUGGUCAUGACAGUGGGAGCUCUCUUCCUCCCGGAGACCCCCAACAGCCUGGUGGAGAGGGGACUGAUCGAUCAAGGGCGAAACAUCCUGGAGAAGAUCCGCGGCACCAAGGACGUGGACGCGGAGAUGGAGGACCUGAUCGAGGCCAGCGAGACCGCCAAUGCCGUCAAGCACCCCUUCCGCAACAUCCUCAAGAAGAGGAAUCGCCCCCAGCUGGUCAUGGCCAUCUUCAUCCCGGCGUUCCAGCAGCUCACGGGCAUCAAUUCCAUCCUUUUCUACGCGCCCGUGCUGUUCCAGAGCCUGGGAUUCGGGGAUAACGCCGCGCUCUACUCGGCUGUCAUGACCGGCGCAGUGAUCACGCUCGCCACGCUCGUCUCCAUCGCUCUGGUGGACCGCUGGGGUCGCAGAUUCCUCUUCCUGGAAGGCGGCAUUCAAAUGAUCGUCUGCCAGACGACCAUUGGCGUGAUCUUGAAGGAGAAAUUCGGGGGAUCCAAGCAGCUGUCCAAGCCCUACUCCGUCACAGUAGUGACGCUCAUUUGCACGUUUGUGGCGGCGUUUGGGUGGUCGUGGGGGCCGCUUGGAUGGCUCGUCCCCAGCGAGAUUUUCCCGCUCGAGACGCGAUCAGCGGGGCAGAGCAUCACGGUGUCGGUCAAUCUCUUGUUCACGUUUCUGAUCGCGCAGGCGUUUUUGUGGCUGCUCUGCCAUCUCAAGUAUGGAAUCUUCCUGCUCUUCGCGGCGCUGGUGACCGUCAUGACCAUCUUCAUCUACUUCUUGCUGCCCGAGACCAAGAAUGUUCCCAUCGAGGAGAUGAUUCAUGCGUGGAGGAGGCACUGGUUUUGGAGCAAAUUUGUGGGCGGAUCUAGCUUGGCUCCUCAGCCUGUUCAACCGCUAGAGACGAUCAAGCCCAAAGACAAAGAUCGUGACGACGGAACGAGUUAAAAUGUUACUGCUAUCUUGUGUAAUAUCUUAUGCUGUUUCGUACAAGGGUCUAUCAACAGAAAAAGGUGGCGGGAGUGGCGACGACAUUGAUAUGAAAAUAUUUCUCGCCCAAGUCAACGUGGUUCGCUGACCCACGCAAAGAUGCUGAUUCGUUCGUACGAAUCACGCGAGUCGUGUCAACGGAUAUGUCCAGCUUCUAAAAAAAUCUCAGCCUUAAUGUG